AUGCGAGAAGGAAUAGAACGAAGCGAAAGUGAAACAAAUUUUAUCAGGAAUAUAGCUUUUAAUGACGAUAAUAGCACUGAUUCAGAAAGAAACACUGAAAAGAAAAAACGAGCACAAGAAUCUUUGGUAACUUACCGACCGGAAUAUUUGAAAACAUUUAUUUGCUUUCUAGCAUUACUUGUAUCAUUAAUUUUAAAUCAACUUGUAAUUUGUUUAGCACAUGAUAUUACCAGUAGAAAUGCAUUACCGGAUUUGGUAUUUACGUUAGUGCCAGAACAGGAAUGGGCUUUAGCCGUUGGUGACAUGCUUACCUGUAUCGCUGGCAUUAUUGCUCUCGGAUUUAUCGCUGUCUUUCAUCGAUAUCGCAUUAUUGUUUUACGUCGAUUAAUAUUUACAAUAACUGUAUUGUAUACAUUUCGAGCUAUUUGCUUAUCUGUUACUCAUAUUCCAGCAAGUUAUCAGAAUAAUUACCAUAAAUGUAUAAAACCAAAUUAUCAGGCAACAGUACUAAGUGUUCUGAAACGAUUUGCCCAACAUUCUUUCAAGUUAGGCCUACAGAUCAGUGAAAAUGGUAAAUUAGUCUGUGGUGAUCUUUUAUUUUCUGGACAUACCAUAUUUGUUUCUACAACAACAUUCUAUUUCAAUCAUUAUUCACCACAUUCUAUUUGGCCACUUAGAUGGUGCUUAAUAUUAAUAUGUAUUGGUGGUAUGAUCUGCUUAUCAAUAUCACGAACACAUUAUAGCGUUGAUGUAUUAAUUGCUUACUGGCUGUCUAGUUUCUUUUUCAGUCUUUAUCAUUCAUUCAUUUUGCUACCACAUCACGUACGUAUCCGAACACGUGCCUACCGUCGUUUAUUACUCUUUUGGACGAUGUAUGAAUUAGAAGUGAAUGUACCAUCGGGUCGCCUACAAAAUGAAAUAGAAUGGCCAUUACCUUGGCCAAAAUGUCUGAAACGAUGUGUCAGAAAUUGGAAUAGACGAGAAAUUGAAACGCUGGCAGGUCGUAUUGCAGAAAAAUUGGAUGCGCAUCGUGUGAAGACACAUUUGUAG